UCAGGCAAGGAGCUUAGACAUGACUAUCGUUAAGUCUCUGGAGCUGGGAGUAGUUUUGCAAUGCAUCUUGGCAGGAUUCAUUCUGCUGCCUUUGGGGAAAGAAGAAAAAUGCAAAGAGGUACUCCCAAAUACCCACUUUUCAUGUGUGGGCACAAAACUGAACUACAUCCCAGCUGAGAUACCUGUCACCGCAGAAAAUCUGGAUUUCAGUUUUAAUUACUUGGGCAAUUUGCACCAGGCUAUGUUCCCUCAAUUACCCCAUUUACGUGUUCUUGAUCUCACAAGGUGCCACAUACAACUUAUUGCUGUUAAUGCUUUCCACAAUGUGAGGAAUGUGACAACUUUAAUUCUUACUGGAAACCAGAUCAAAGAGUUGGGGAAUCAGUCCUUGAACUUGAUCCAGGAGCUAGUUGUUGUGGACAAUAGUCUCUCCUCCCUGGAAGAGCUGCAUCUAUGGCCCUCAACGAAACUGCAGGUGCUGAAUGCCGGGACAAAUAACAUUGAGUCUUUGAUGAUUCCCCACUACUUUGUCAACCUCUCAGAUUUCAAGCUGCUUGACCUUCACGCCAACAAAAUACGUGUCAUAACGGUGGCUCACACGCUCAUCCUGCAGGAGAUGAGUGGCAGAAACCUCACGCUGAUCCUCUCCAGAAAUCCUAUUCUGCAUAUAGAGCCAGGUGCCUUCCAGGGCAUCUACCUCCAUGAGUUCUGCCUACUGGGAAACCAUGCUGUGGCUAAUCUCACUAAAUCCCAUGUGAUGGGCCUCAGCGGCCUUAAGGUUGACAAGUUAGUGGUUGGACAAUACCGAGACGCGACCAAGAUUUUGACUUCGGGUGAAGACACUCUGGACGGGCUGUGCUCCGUCAACUUCCAGGAGAUAUAUUUUCGGCACAGAGAAACAGGACCCAGACCUAUCAGUGUAUUCCGCUGCAUGCUGAAUGCCACAAAAAUCACCAUUGUGCAAGGCUUUGAGCAUGACAUGGAGUUUGUUCAGUUCCGACAACUGAAAGAGCUCCAUCUAAGGAACCAUAAGUUACGUGCCAUACCAGCAAGGCAACUUUCUCAUCUACACACCUUGGAGACACUGACAAUUACAGAUAACAGACUACCAGUGGAGUUUGGAGAAAGCUUUGUGGACCUGCCUCACCUCAAGCACGUUGACUUAAGCUUCAACGAAAUCAAAGUAAGGGAGUGCUGCCGAAGACUUUUCAACAACACGCCUCAACUCAGGUACCUGAACAUGAGGCACAAUACAGAGAUAUACUUUGACACCAUGCCCUUCAAGGGCCUUGAGCUCCUGGAGGUACUGGACCUCCAGCACACACAGCUCUCUGCUGUCGGGCAGUAUCCUCUGCUGUCCAACCUUAACCGCUUGAAGUACUUGGACAUUUCCUACACAGGUACUGUCUUCAUGAGCCAAAUUCCACUGGUGGGUCUAAGCAACUUGGAGGUGCUGAUUAUUUCCGGCAAUGGUUUCCAAGGAGACAGCCUUCGUUAUGUAUUUGCUAACCUCACCAAUCUGGAACAUCUAGAUAUUUCAAACUGCGAGAUCAAAGCCCUGAGCUGGCACUCCUUUACAAGGCUAAAAAAACUCAGACACUUGGUUCUCAACAGCAACAGGCUACUGGCGGUGGACUUUCUGACCAAUCCGAGUCUUGGAGCACUAGCAUGGAUAGAUGCAGGACAAAACAACAUUGUGGCCAUCCCUCAAAAUGUUCUGUCCAGUCUUCCGACAAACCUCUCGAUCUUUGACCUAUCUCACAAUCCUAUGGAAUGCUCCUGUUCCAAUGAAGACUUCAUCAAAUGGACCAUUCACCAGAGGGAAAAGUUAAAAAACCUCAAUGAAACUUUAUGUAAAACUACAUUUUCAACAUAUAUAAGAGUGAUUGACGUUGAUAUUACUAACUGUAGGUAUAACUGGGGCUAUGCCAUUGCUAUACUUUUUAUGCUCUCUUUUGUGGCUGCAGUGGCUUACAGGUACAAAUUCUAUCUGCGUUAUGGUUUUAUCCUGUUGAGAGGUUACAGGAACCCAAAACACAUGGAAUUCCAGUACGAUGCCUUUGUGAUCUACUCCAGUGAGGAUGAGGCCUGGGUGAUGGAUGAACUGGUGGAGAACAUUGAGAGAGGUGUGCCACCGUUUCGGCUGUGCCUCCACAUGCGGGACUUCGAAGUGGGCAAGUCCAUCACCUCCAACAUCAUCGAUGAGGGCAUAGUGGGCAGCCGGAAGGUCAUUGUGGUGGUGUCGCGGCACUUCUUCGACAGCGCCUGGUGCUGCUUUGAGUUUGAGCUCGCUCAGUCCUGGUCUGUUUUCGAGGAGACACCGAGCCUCAUCAUUGUCAUCCUCGAGGACGUGGAGGAGGAGAGGACCAGGAAGGUGCUGGGCCUUCAUAAGUACCUGAAAAAGAACACUUACCUGAAGUGGAAGGGCAACUACCUGAGUAAUGUGAAGUUCUGGAACAGACUCAGGAAUGCUAUUAUUGCAGGGAAGUAGAAUCCUGCUCUGUGGAGAGCGCUGCAUGAUACUGGCCCACAAACUGCAAACUCAGAAAGCUGCAGGCAUGUAUCCUUACAAUGGUCAUAUCCAUCUGAGUAUCUAGCUCUGUACAGACUACUUGUAAAUUCAAUAGCAAGUUUCUUGCUAGCUCCAACUCGACUUAUUAACUAAAUAUGGCUAAUGUAACCCACCUUGUCCCAGGGGAACAAAGUUGGUUGUGUCCCACUGAUAUGCACUGAUAUGCAAAAGUUAUUGAUGUAGGCAAACAACAUACCUCAGACUCGAACCUGAGACUGGGCUGUAGGGCUCAACCAGUGCAUAACAACCUUAAAUGAGUGAGCCCCUCGGCAGCCCCCACUGCUUGUUUUUUAAUCUGUAGAUACAGUGUACUGACAACCAGACAAGGAUGUCUUGUAGAUUAUGUUUGCAUGCAAUGCAU